UUCUUUUGUGCGUAAAAGUUGCGUAUAUGCGUUGCGUGUACGAGUUGCGUGUUAAUACAAAGAUAUUACAAGUGGCAGCGAAAUAUAAUAAUACAAUACAGCGUCGAAAUGUAAUCUAACAUAACGUUAAAUAAAGGUUAAGUGGUGAAUAUCGGAACAUUUCAAAACGAUUCGGCGACAAAUACACACGGGGAUACAAAUGUCUUCAUAUACGCUUCUUCUCACACCUUCUCAUCUGAACAUCGAGGUGGGGAUCGAUCUUGGGACUGAGUGCGUGGAUCGUGCAUGUCCGAAGUCGGCGAUUCACAAAUCACGGCGAUGAAGAUGAGCAAAGUGGGCAACCAGACCAAUUCGCAGGACCCACAGGCGGUGAAUUCACGCGUUUUCGUCGGGAACCUGAAUACAUUUCAAUGUAGCAAGACUGACGUGGAACGAAUGUUCCAACGCUAUGGCCGCCUGGCUGGUAUCUCUAUGCACAAGGGUUAUGCAUUCGUGCAAUUCACAAAUCCGUUUGACGCACGUAGUGCGUGCCUCGGUGAAGAUGGUCGCACCGUCCUCAGCCAGAUUCUCGAUGUGAAUAUGGUAGCCGAGCCAAAGCCUCAUCAAACUGGACGCAAGCGACAGAAGGACUACUACUAUGACAGUUAUUAUGCGUCGACCGCGUUUCCGCCGCGCUUAGCACCGCCGUUGAAACGGCCGCGUUUGAUGCCACCGACACGAGCACAGCAUCCGAAGCUACAGAAACAACAAUCGACAGCAAACACCGGCACGAUACCCGACUUGAAUCAACUUAAAGUGUACAGCAAUCCAGAUAUACUGAUCUGCGGCAACUGCAGGGAGAUGUUCACGGAACUCGGGGAGCUGUUGGAACACAAGCGGAACUACUGCAAGCUGCGGUUCACAUGUAAAUGUCACACCUUCAACGGAGCCGCCCCAAGAGACUCGACGACGGCGUUGCUCUGUGUCCUCUGCAAGUUAUCCUUUCCAAGUGCUUGGGAAUUGAUGGUUCAUGCCCAGGCAGCUCACAUGAUCAACAUUUACGAGUUGGGCACAAGAGCGCCGAGCCCGUCACGGAGCCCUAGUCUUGACCAACCGAAGGAGUCGUCGCCUUCCCCGCAGGAUUUCCAGGAAAUCAAGGCUACGGAUUGCGAAGAGCGCGCAGAGGAGGAGGAACUUGAUGGACAUGAGUUAAUACCGUCCCCCGACAGUGGCAAGUCAACGGACAACGAAGCGGCUCUGUCGCCGAUCAAGAUUCGAUCUGACGUUAACGGGUUGGAUCACGAAGACUGCGACGAAUUGAUCCACGUCGAGAACACUACGCAGGCAUGCAUCAUGCAUACUCUCAGCAUUGAUUCGUCCUUGGAACUAAAUUCUGACACGAAUUCGAGAACAACUUCUGGAACGGUGAUGGCCUUGACCAAUGGUUCAUUAUCGGCAAAGGAAUAAAUGAGGAAAAAAAAAGAAAAGGAAAAAAAAAGAGAAUAUUCAUCGGAACGGUCUUCCCCGGCCAACCAACGAGACAUAUCGAUCUCCUUUAAGGAUAACGCACCCGUUUGUAUAUAGCUUAAUUGCCUAACAAAUUAUAUUCAGGAUCGUUAGAUCCCGUGGUCUAUGCCGGCUGAUCGAAUAUCGAUCAUUUUCCCAAAAAGAAACAAAUAUCAGUUUCAUUCUGGACUCUUUAUGCACUUGCAAUUCCCCUUCAAACUUUAAUUGAAGACUAACCCAAAUGGGAGGAAAAUAUAGAAA